AUGGCAAGCGCGGUCCCCGGAGGGCAGAUCCAACUCAUGUUUGGCGGUAAUGGGCACUCGCGCGGAGCCAACGUAGACGGCAAAGGAGCAGGUGUGGUGUCUGUGUACUGGAAAGGAGGGAAAGAGAAAGAGAUAGAAGACAUAGCAGAGUUGACCAGCAAACACAGAUUGCGACAGAUAGGGUUUGCUGACGAGGCUUUUGUGUGGCCCAAGGAUGAUCGGGUCAAAGAUCCAAAAGAAGGCCUGCUCGACAAAGGGAACUGGAUGACUAUUCAGAUGCCAGACCACAUGGAGAAGGGAAGACACAUGUUCGUUUGGGUAUGGGAGUACGGCGGAAAGCCGAGGUGGAGCACUUGUUUCGAUGUCAUGAUUCACUGA